AUGGAGGCUCCACCGCUUGCGUCACUGUCGCUGACGCAUGUCCAUUGUAAUCCCGCAGACCGCAUCUCCUACCUCUGCGCAUGGCUUGCUCUCGUGCCCCAGGGACUGUGCGUCGUCUAUGCGACGCUGAUAUGGUCCAACCGCGAGAUUGAGAUCUUCCUCAUGUUUGCCGGCCAGAUGGCGUGCGAAGCGCUCAACUGGGUUCUGAAGAGAUACAUCAAGGAAGAGCGGCCGCGGGAGAUGCAUGGAAAGGGCUACGGAAUGCCUUCCUCACACGCCCAGUUCGUAUCCUUCUUCUCCGUUACCUUAGGCCUGUUUCUCCUCUUCCGACACGUUCCCCACCCGACGGAUACCCACACGCCCUUCUCACUGGGUGGCCGUUUCCUCCUUUCACUCCUAGCAUUGGCUUGUGCAGGAGCUGUAGCUGCAAGCAGGAUAUAUUUGAGCUAUCAUACACCAAAACAAGUUGUGGUCGGAUGUGCUGCCGGAGCUAUCUUCGCCCUGGCUUGGUUCGCCUUCACAACAUAUCUGCGGAGAGCUGGCUGGAUAGAGUGGGCUCUCGAAACCUGGGUCUUGAGAACACUGCGUGUAAGAGAUCUUGUGAUACAAGAAGACCUGGUUGAUUCUGGCUGGGCACGUUGGGAAGAUCGGAGGAAACGACAGAUCUUCCAGGUUCAGGGUAAGAAAAGCAGACCUUUCCCUCCUCAAACCCUCUUCCUAAAUCUCCAAUCGACAAUGCCGCGCAUGUCCACCUACCGCGAGCCAAAGCCUCCACCACGCCGGCGUUCCCGGAGCCAAAACGGUAACAGUAGUCCGCUCCCACGCAAUGAAUCAGAUUACGACGUACCCGCUCCUGAACCCAAGAAGCAUCUCAGCAGUCUUGAGGGCCACAUUGUAGCAGCCAGUGGAGAGUUUGUCGGCACCUUCAUGUUCCUCUUCUUUGCUUUUUCUGGUCAACUCAUGAUCACCAAUCAAGCCAGUGAUCGUUCGAUUCUCAACGGCGGUACGAGCAGUCAGCAGAAUAUCUUCACAGCCUUGGUGUAUGGCUUCAGUUUGUUGGUAAAUGUUUGGGCUUUCUUUCGGAUCAGCGGAGGAUUGUUCAACCCUGCGGUAACGAUUGGUAUGGUGGUUGCCGGUCAACUUCCCUUUAUACGGUCACUCUUUCUCUUUCCCGCUCAACUACUCGCAUGCAUGUGCGCCGGUGGACUCGUCGAAUGCAUGUUUCCAGGAGAUAUCGGUGUUGUCAACACUUCACUAUCUGGCGGUACCUCCAUCGCCCAAGGUGUCUUUAUUGAGAUGUUCAUGACCGCCGAGCUCGUGUUCGUCGUUCUGAUGCUAGCCGCCGAGAAGAGCAAAUCUACAUUCAUUGCGCCAAUCGGUAUUGGCCUAGCGCUUUUUGUAGCCAUGAUGGGUGGCGUUUACUUCACGGGCGGAUCACUUAACCCUGCGCGUAGUUUUGGUCCUGCUGUUGCUUCACGAACGUUUGUCAGCUACCACUGGAUAUACUGGAUUGGCCCUAUACUUGGUGCACUCCUUGCUUCGGCAUACUACCGCUUUGUCAAGCACUUCAAUUACGAGCAGGCGAAUCCUGGCCAAGAUUCUGCUGGUGGUCACUUCUCUGCAUGA